UAUGUAUCUGAUUGAAAAUCACAAACAUGGAAGGCCAAUACCGAGCAUUUUGCCACCGAAUUUGAUACCACCUUCGUUCCGAUCUGUGAAAGAGCCGACAACCAGUUUGGCAAGCGCAUACACAGCAACGGCAAGUUUUUAUAACGGUGUUGUCUCUUCCGGCAGUGAGGAGCUGGAUGCUUUACAACGUGAAGUCGAAAAGCUUAUCCUGGAGCGCCGUGAAGCGGACCAGCAGAUUGUUCAAUUAGAAGCCGAUAUGACCGUCAAAAAUAGCGAAAUUAAAAAUCUGAAGGUUUGC